AUGUCGCGAAGUCUCUCUCAAAAUGUUGCGAGUAGUCAGUCGACUUCAAAGAUGAAUAGCUUGAUGACUUCAACUUCCAACUCAAACAAAACUCAAAGAGGGUUCGGAGUUGAGGUAACCAGCGAUCUUGUUUGGAAGCAUUGGGACGUUGGAGGUGAUCAUGCCAAAAAGAUUAUUGUAAAAAAUGUGAGCACAGAAGUGGUGGAGGUCAAAUAUGAACUGCCAAAAUCAAAAAACUUCUUCAUGGGAUUUCCCGAGCCAUCAAAAAUUAGCCCUGGUGUGUCUGUAGCUUUUGAGAUUCGAUUCCGACCUACGGAGCGAAAAAAUUACUGUGACACUGUUAAAUUAACAGUUUUGAAGAAAGGAGAGUUGACUGUGAAUAUUUCAGCGUUACUACCAAAGGCACUAUUGGACGUUCCAAAUUGUGUUGAUAUGGGAUUUUGUCCAACGAUGGAAACAACACGAAAAGAAUUUGAGAUGGUAAACGUUGGAGAGGCUUCAUUUGAGUUCAGCUGGUCUGUCAAGACUCCUUUUGCGUUUAAACCUUCGUAUGGAAGGUUAAACGUUGGUGAAGCACUAACCGUUCAUGUAUUCUUUUCUCCUAAAGACGCUUCAUCAUUUGUUUCAACAGCAAUUUGUAAACUUUCUUCUGGAGAUGCAGUUUCAAUGCAAUUACAAGGAGUAGGAAAGAUUACUCACAUCAUUGCAAAUGAGACAAAUAUUUCAUUCGGAAAAUCACCAAUAGAAAGCCCAUCGAAAAGAGUUAUCAGUCUCAAAAAUACUUCACUCGUUCCUGCAUCGUUCUCUAUUAACAAAGUUGAGAAUGAUUAUGUUGAGGAUGUAUUUUCUUUUGAUCCAAAAAGUCAAAUUUUACCCCCAGGCUCAACAUCAAAUAUUACCAUCACGUACAUUCCCUCAACUAUUGAUUGCUUUGAUUGCAACAACUACACCAUAUCAACUCCUGGAGGAAACACUAUUCGAUUAACAUGCUCUGGUUAUGGGGUUGGGCCAGAAUUAAUUAUUUCACCAAUGUCUAUUAACUUUGGAGACGUUUUUGAAGGAAAAGAGGUAAAGCGAUUAAUAACUCUUGAAAACAAGUCGAAUAUGUCUGCAGAAUAUAAUUUUAAAGUGGAUACUGAAGGUACAUUUAAAUUUGAGAGAAAUUCUGGGGUAGUACCUGCAUUUCAGACUAGACAAAUAACUGUGACAUUUAUCCCGCACUUACCAAUUAAUUACUACAGAAGGAUUUUUAUUGUUGUGAAAAAUCAAGGAGUGACAUUUAUUGACUUGCUUGGAACAGGAUAUAAUGAUUCAAGAAGGCCUCCCCCAUUUUCAAUUAAGGAGGUGUAUUUAUUUAAAGAAAGAAUGUACAAAGGACUGCCAGCAUUCUCUCCCAGUGAAAUUGAAAAUUAUUUAGAAUUGUCAGAAAGCGGAAGGUUAGAUACCUUGUCUGCAGAAGAAAGAGAAAACAUCUCAAAUUUGACCCAAGUUUUGAGUAAUACAACCUCUACCACAGAUCUCAUUAGAGACAAUAUUGAAAAUACUCUUAAUGAGUUUUUUAAUUUAGUUACAGAUUACGACAAUCCAAUUUCAAUUAACUACAGCAGCAUUUCUUUUGGAAGUUGUUCACGGUUUAAGCUUGCAGAAUAUAAGACAGUGACAAUUUCAAAUAGAACAAAUGGUAAAAUAACCUGUGAUGUACAAAUUCCAAGUUAUGAAGGAUCUCCUUCUCCGUUUGUUAUAUUUCCAGAAACUGUCGAUAUUAAGCCCAUGAGCACGUUUACCUUCAAAAUUGGGUUUAGGCCAAGCUACGAUAACCAAUUUUUCAGCAACGAAAUUGAAUUUAUAUGCUAUUUCAAAUCAAACAGAAGUUUUAGACUGGUAAAUUCACAGACAUUUGUUCCUCCAUGGAUUCUGCCUCUGAAAGUAUUUGGUAACACCUUCAACAACACAGCAGCCUUCAUUCCACGAUUUACUUUACAACCAUCACACGUAACUUCAUUUCCUCCUUGCCUUACCAAUGACUCUACCUAUAGAUCUUAUACUAUUUAUAAUGAAAACGACAUUCCUAUGCCUUUUGAGUUUCUCAUCACUACAGAACAGCGAAGAUAUUUCACGUGUUAUCCUGAAAAUGGAUUGGUACCAAGUAAUUCAUUCCAAAUUAUUGUUUUUAAAUUCUCUCCCACGGAGCCAGGAUCAUAUCAAGAUAGUAUCAAAUGUAUUUUUAAUGAUUCCCCUAACCACACGGUAACAAUACCAAUAUUUGGAAUGAGCUUCUUACCAUCAAUUAGCUUUGGAAAGGAUGGUAAAUUGUUUUUCAAGCCAACUCUCAUUGGAGCUUCUUCAGUGAAAGAGUUAACCCUACACAAUCCUUCAAGAAUUCCAAUUACCUAUGAAUGGGACAUUCCAAAAGAUUUUUCAUCAGUAUUUAGCGUCUCUAAGAAAACUGGAAUAUUGAAUGGGAAUGAAACUCAAAAAAUUAUUUGGACAUUUACUCCAAGCCUUAAAAAAGUAUACUCCAUCAAGAUUCCUUGCAUUGUUUCUAGCGUGGCAGAAAUUAACAGAGAAAGUGUCAAGACUAGAUCCUAUCUAAUUCUGUUAGGAGAAGGAAACAAUGCUGGAAUAACAGUAGAGCCGUCAAAUAUUGAUUUUGGAAAUGUGUUGGUUAAUGAAAAAGCGACUCAGACAUUGACACUUCUCAACUCGAGCGAUUGCGAUUUACCUUUUGAAUUAAUAAUAAGAGAAAAUAUCAAUGGCGAGCAAUUACCAAGUAAUUCUGGAGUGUUAGAAUGUGAAACGAUGAAAGGAAUAGUUGCUUCCAGAUCCCACAAGCACGUACAAGUGUUUUAUAGACCCAAUCAAAGAAAGCUAGACCAAUUCACAAUAUUUUGCUCCUUGAACCUGAAUAGAGAAGCUAGUGCUAUGACAGAGGAGCAAAUUUUAUCUCUUCAAAGAUGUGAUGUUUUUGGAAUAGGAUCAUAUCCUCAACUUGGUAUAACUGACAUUAGGUCUGCAUCGGGAUCAAAAGUUGAUCUUUGGAGCCAAUUUUCUGUAAAUUCUAUUAACAAGGAGCUCAGAAAAAAUACCAACUGCUAUCAAAUUGAAUCAAGCAUCACAAAUUUUAACUCCUCUAUCCAAUACUUGGAAAAAUAUUUCUGUGAUUUUGGAGCCAAACCUAUUGAAUCAGAAGACACUAUUGUUUAUGUCACUAUUGAAAAUAUUGGUAACAUAAGGGCACAAUUUUCGAUUAGCACUCCGUUCGACUCAAUGGUUGAUGUUGAUAAGUGGGCUCAUGAUCAAGUCGCCAAAGACGAGGACGAGCUACGUACUUUGAGUAUUUUUGUAAAUAAGCUUUUUGAAAUUUAUCCUAACCAAGCAUCUCUUGAGCCUGGGGAAAGUAUUGUUGUAGCCCUAAUAUAUAGACACAAGGUUGUUGACACUCAUGAAAUACCAAUACUAUUUCAGAUACGAAAUGGACGAUGCUUUACAAUAUAUCUGACAGGAAGAACUCUUUCGUAUCAACAAAAACAUUUACAAUUCGGAAGCAUGGAACAUACACUUGAAGACCAAGAAAUUGGAACAGAGAAUCAACCAAUACAAUAUUUGAAGGUAAUCAAUCCAACGAAUCAAGACAUUGAGAUUUGUGUGGAUGAGCAACCAUUUAAACAGCUAGCUCUUGAAAAUUAUGAUUUUGAAAUUAUAUCUUUAGAAAAUAAGAAGAGCAUAGUUCCUGCCAAUCACUAUAUUUAUCUGAGACUCGUUUUCCGACCAAUUGAACUUAAAACCUAUGAAAUGUGCCUUCCUAUUCAGAUGAUGAAUUCUGACCUUGUUUACAAUCUCACUUUGAAAGGAAAAGGUGUUGAAAAAAUAUGCGAACCAUUGGAAUAUGAUGAAGAAGCACAGAUCGUAAAGCAUGUCCCAACAGAAGUUCAAAAAGUUCAACAGCAAAAAACUCCAACACAAACUGUUGCUUUCUCCAUGGACGUUAUUGAUUUUGAAUCCAUUCCUUUCCUCUCUGUUCACACAAGAAUUGUUAGUAUUUCUAACCUUUCUUCAGAUAUUCUUUCUUUUUCUUGGAAUACUGUAUUACCUCUGGAUGACAACCAGCUCUCCUCUACUGUUAAGAUUGAACCUUUAACCUCUACACUACAACCACAGGAAACGAAAUGUUGUAAAAUUACUCUCUCUGCAGGUUCUGUUUCACAACUUUUGAAUUGUGAUAUUUAUUGUGAGGUGAGCAAUAUCAGCAAAAAAGAAAGAAAAGAACAAAGGAAAAAGAAGUAUGAAGAAACAUUGGUUCAUUAUGCUAAGGAUGACGACAUUUCAGAUCAAGUCAGUGAAAAAAGUAUUUUAUCCAUUAAGGAACAUUUUGCGAAUCCAAAAAAUAGACUCAACAAAGGAAGAAUUGUUCCAAAAGCUGUUACAAAAAACACUACCAAGAGAGAAUCAGUUAUUAGUAAGAGUACAAUUGCUAGAGACAAUGCGUUAACACUCUCGGCCUAUUCAACUGCAAUUCCAAGAUAUUUACCAGUCUCCAAGACAAUUACUAAACAACCCGUACUUGAAAGACCUUCAUCCGCAUCAGUGGACAAGUUUGGAUUGCAACCAGUGUUACCAACAAAGCAUUAUUUAACCAUCAAAUGCAAAGUAAUUCCUCUUGAAGAGUUCAAGUAUGGAACAAGAACAAGAGAGAAAUGGCAAGAAGAAUUUAUUCCUCAACUUUAUGAAUUCACUCCGGAUCAUAGACCUACAUCUUCAUUAUCAGUCACUUCUAGCAUUGACAGAAAUAUGUUCUCUGAUAUUCUUUCAGGAAUGCUUCAAGAAAUUAUGCAUGACAAUGAUCUUGAACAAUCACUGGUUGAAACCAAUAAUUGGGAAGCCUCAAGUGUAUUUUAUUGUGAAAUUGCUGAAACACCAAGAUCCACAAGUAGUAGACCAUCAUCAGCCUUACCAAAGACAGAAUCAAAGCUUGCAAGUCAACCUGCUACUCUGUCAUCCUUCACGGAAGCUUCAGUGAAUUUCCAUGAUCUUACUCCACCUACCUCUGAAUGCUCCGUUAAGAGUACCAAAGAAAUACGAGAAGAAGAGAAACUCGUCCAAGAACACAUUGUUCAAGAUCCAAAGUUUCAAAAAGCUCUGGAAUGGAUAUUGGAUGAAACUUUGUUUAAAAUCGUUAGCGAAAUUUCAGGACCAGUUGGUCAAUGA